AUGUCAGCCAAAAGCAGCCCGGUGACGGUGACGUGGUAUCCCCUGAACCACUACCCGUCCCUGGGGAAGGAGGCAGCAAGAGAGAGGGCCAGACGCCAGCUGCAGCCCAGGCUGAGACACAGCCGGAGCUACAGCCCUGCAGGCCACAAGGAGGACAGCAACAUACAGCAGGACCUCACUGAGGUGGGAUCUGACCGGAACCUCUGGGCUCUCACAAGGCCUCAGGCUUAAGAGCUUAGAGACUCUGGAUGCUUUGGUUUGGGAAGUGAAUUUGUAUGUUGGCAUGUGGGUAUUUGUCUGUUUAUUGUGGAGUCAGCAUUAUAGCAUACUACUGCUACUACAUGCUGGGUAUUUGUCUGUUUAUCGUGGAGCCAGCAGUAUAGCGUACUACUGCUACUACAUGCUGGGUAUUUGUCUGUUUAUUGUGGAGCCAGCAGUAUAGCGUACUACUGCUACUACAUGGCUGGGUUGUGAGCUGUAACUAGAGGUUGGAGCUCAGUGUGUCUGUCCUAGAUAUGUCAGAGGACACGCUCGUCUCUGUUGCAAUAAUCUUGAUGUUCUGCUUUUGUUUUGCCUGUUAAGCUGUUAUCAACUACCAGGAACGUCAUGUUUGAUUUCACGUUUGAUUUAAAAAGAUUUGCAUGCUUUAGGUUUUCUGUGUAAUGUCAAUCGAUUGCGCUGAUUAUUUUCCUUGCAAAACAUAUCAACAACAGCAAUGCAUAGGAGAAUAUGUAAUAUCUACAACCCACCUCAGCUUUGGAAAUCCUAUUCCUGCGGUGUGGAAUAUUUUUUGCAUUUAUCUUCUAAAACACAAGCCAUCCAUUGAUUUCAUGCAUUUGAGGUGGUUUCUUUGGAUAUAUAUGAUUGCCAAACUGACUGCAUACUGAGCCGGUCUGCAAUCUCUUUGUACAUCUUCGUGAGUCAACAUGCAAGUUGAUAACGAGCAUGACUUUAAGCAGCAUUUCUCUCAUACCUGUAUCUCUACAAAAGAUAACAAAUACGUGUGAUAAUUGUACUCUGCAUAUGAGAAGAAAACAUCCCAAAUGUAUUUUGCUUAAGCAGAAUUUCUCUUUUUCCUUUGUCUCUGCUCAUCUGUGGCUGUGAGAAGGUAGCAGAUCUCUGGUUUCACUGAGGCAACUGAUAGCUAGCUAGAGUGUGUUAAGACUCGUGUUGGCCUCAUGUUCAUCUCUACCAGGCUGCUAAAUCAUGGAACCCUGCCCAGACAGGUAGAUAUGUAGUCAUCAGAGAGCCUGGCCCAUCACCCAUUACAGUGGCUUGCGUAAGGAUUCACCCCCCUUGGCAUUUUUCCUAUUUUGUUGCCUUACAACCUGGAAUUAAAAUGGAUUUUUGGGGGGGUUUGUAUCAUUUGAUUUACACAACAUGCCUACCACUUUGAAGAUGCAACAUUUAUUUUUUUGUGAAACAAACAAGAAAUAAGACAAAAAAAACAGAGAAUUUGAGCAUGCAUAACUAUUCACCACCCCAAAGUCAAUACUUUGUAGAGCCACCUUUUGCAGCAAUUACAGCAGCAAGUCUCUUGGGGUAUGUCUCUAUAAGCUUGGCACAUCUAGCCAAUGGGAUUGUUGCCCAUUCUUCAAGGCAAAACUGCUCCAGCUCCUUCAAGUUGGAUGGGUUCUGCUGGUGUACAGCAUUCUUUAAGUCAUACCACAGAUUCUCAAUUGGAUUGAGGUCUGGGCUUUGACUAGGCCAUUCCAAGACAUUUAAAGGUUUCCCCUUAAACCACUUGAGUGUUGCUUUAGCAGUAUGCUUAGGGUCAUUGUCCUGCUGGAAGGUGAACCUCCGUCUCAGUCUCAAAUCUCUGGAAGACUGAAACAGGUUUCCCUCAAGAAUUUCCCUGUAUUUAGCGCCAUCAAUCAUUCCUUCAAUUCUGACCAGUUUCCCAGUCUCUGCCGAUGAAAAACAUCCCCACAGCAUGAUGCUGCCACCACCAUGCUUCACUGUGGGGAUGGUGUUCUCGGGGUGAUGAGAGGGGUUGGGUUUGCCCCAGACAUAGCGUUUUCCUUGAUGGCCAAAAAGCUCAAUUUUUGUCUCAUCUGACCAGAGUACCUUCUUCCAUAUGUUUGGGGAGUCUCCCACAUUCCUUUUGGCGAACACCAAACGUGUUUGCUUAUUUUUUUCUUUAAGCAUAGGCUUUUUUCUGGCCACUCUUCUGUAAAGCCCAGCUCUGUGGAGUGUACGGCUUGAAGUGGUCCUAUGGACAGAUACUCCAAUCUCCGCUGUGGAGCUUUGCAGCUCCUUCAGGGUUAUCUUUGGUCUCUUUGUUGCCUCUCUGAUUAAUGCCCUCCUUGCUUGGUCCGUGACCCUCUCUUGGCAGGUUUGUUGUGGUGCCAUAAUCUUUCUAUUUUUUAAUAAUGGAUUUAAUUACAUUUACAUUUUAGUAAUUUAGUAGACGCUCUUAUCCAGAGCGACUUACAGUUAGUGAGUGCAUACAUGUUUUUAUUUAUUUGUCAUACCCCCCAUGGGAAUCGAACCCACAACCCUGGCGUUGCAAACACCAUGCUCUACCAACUGAGCUAUAUCCCUGCCGGCCAUUCCCUCCCCUACCCUGGACGACGCUGGGCCAAUUGUGCGCCGCCCCAUGGGUCUCCCGGUCGCGGCCGGCUAUGACAGAGCCUGGAUUCGAACCAGGAUCUCUAGUGGCACAGCUAGCACUGCGAUGCAGUGCCUUAGACCACUGUGCCACUCGGGAGGUGCUCCGUGGGAUGUUCAAAGUUUCCGAUUUCUUUUUUAUAACCCAACCCUGAUCUGUACUUCUCCACAAAUUUGUCCCUGACCUGUUUGGAGAGCUCCUUGGUCUUCAUGGUGCCGCUUGCUUGGUGGUGCCCCUUAGUGGUGUUGCAGACUCUGGGGCCUUUCAGAACAGGUGUAUAUAUACUGAGAUCAUGUGACACUUUAUUUAACUAAUUAUGUGACUUCUGAAGGUAAUUGGUUGCACCAGUUCUUAUUUAGGGGCUUCAUAGCAAAGGGGGUGAAUACAUAUGCACACACCACUUUUCCGUUAUUUAUUUUGUAUACAUUUAUGAAACAAGUUAUUUUUUUCAUUUCACUUCACCAAUUUGGACUAUAUUGUGUAUGUCCAUUACAUGAAAUCCAAAUAAAAAUCCAUUUAAAUUACAGGUUGUAAUGCAACAAAAUAGGAAAAACGCCAAGGGGCAUGAAUACUUUUGCAAGGCACUGUAUAUCAGCAUGGAACCAUUUCUAACAUGCAGUGACUUCCCCAGCUGCCCCUGUGGAGCAACUAAAUUCCUGUCAUUCUUACUCAAAAUACUCUAUGUACACCAUGACACGGAAGCCAUUAUCACCUGUGUAUGUUUUUGUUUUGGCUCUGUGUAUGCAUGUUGUGAAAAGUAUGUGGGUAUGUUCUUAUGAGCAAAACCUUUUUCAAGAACUGCAGUUUGUUGCCCAUUUCACAGCCCUGAGUUGGGUUUACAAAUGAAACAAAUGUAUGUCAGUUGAAGGAGAACAAAUGACAUUGUCAGCAGGUCAGUUUUGCAAACUUAUACAUGGGUAACUAAAUGUGUUCUGCUGUGUGUAUGUCUGUAGGCUCACCUGGUAGCAGCAUUUGAGCAGAGCUUGGGGAACAUGACCAUCCGACUCCAGGGCCUUACCACCACGGCUGAGCAGAAGGUAAGGACUGGAGCUGUCAAAAUAUCUGUUUCCUCAGAAAUAUGUGUUGCUUUAUCAUGUUGUUGUAUUUUAGGACUUUGAGCUGAACGAGCUGAGGAAGACCAUAGAAUACCUGAAGAAGCAGAACACAGCAGCCCAUGCAGCCAUCAACGGUGUCAUCAACCUGCCAGAGCUCACCUGCAAAGGUGAUAGGCCAGGUGAGAAGUUACCUCCCACAUCAACAUGGAAACCCAACAAGGAUGGAUGGCUAUUGGCUAGUGAGAAGAAAGGCAUCUGACACCGAAUCAGAAUGGAUUCCAAUUCUAUGCCAUCAUCUGGUCCUUGUCUCACCCUCUCUCUUGUGCAUCCCACAGCCUCCGCCAAUGGAAGCCCCCAGUCUCAACCAGACCUGUGUAUCCGCAGACAGCACUCGUCUGACAGUGUGUCCAGCAUCACCAGCGCCACCAGCCACUCCAGCGUGGGCAGCAACCUGGAGCUGGACGCCAAGAACAAAAAGACGAAGAAGAACUGGGUAGGUCCUCUACUCAUUGUCUAUCUAGCUGGCUGGCUAGCUGUCAGUCUGUCACUCGGUGUCUGUCUGUCUAUCUACAUGGCUGGCUAGCUGUCUGUCGCUCUGUGUCUGUAUGUCUCUGUCUGUAUGUCUAAUCUGUCAUAUGUUCUUGCCCUUUCCUCCAAUCCUUCUGUUUGUGCUCAGCCUCCUUGUGCAGGAGCAAAGGUGAAUAUAGUUAUUGUUGUUAAUGAGCUGCUCUAGAAACUAGAUUGUGAGUUGAGAAUUGUGAGGUGUUCUCUUAUUACACAUGACAAACAGCAAAGAAACUGCACACCACUACAAAAAGGUUUGUCAUCUGUAAUGUGUUAGUUAGGAGAUACAAGUUUAGGUCAAUAUACUCAUGCAUUUUCUGCCUGUAGAAAAGAGGUGUGGAUACAGUAUGUUGGUUGAGCACUGCCUGUACUAACCUAUGAAGUGAAAUUAAAACGUCUGUGUGUUUUCUUUUGGCCUGAUAUAAUGCUGUUGCGUGUGCUGGAGGGAAGGUGAAAGAUGACUAUGUACGCAGACAGUGACGAUACUAGUAUCUGUGUAUUAGUUAGAAGUACAACUGUGGCAUACCUGACUAUUUGACCACAAGGGGGCAGAUGACUACUGAAUUUAAAUAUCUAAAUCUGCCCUUUAGUGGUUGAGUAGUCAUGUCAAUUAGUGAGGUUUUAAAAGUGAUAUCUGAAAUCUUCCUCCCUAGCCUUGUGUUCAUUCCCUGUUUGUAGCUGUGAGAUUAUAGUUUGCAUUCAGUCUCUUUAGUGAGCUGCAUACAGCAUAUUCUCUGUCCCUAAAACCUGUACACAAAGUAUUGGAUUAUUCCUGUCUCCACAAAAUAAAUCCACCCUACCUCUAUUGUGUCUCCAAGCUAAAAGUUGAAAUUGUCUAUGGUCAUGUCUAUGGUCAUGUCUAUGGUCAUGUCUAUGAUCGUGUCUAUGGUCAUGUCUAUGAUCGUGUCUAUGGUCAUGUCUAUGGUCAUGUCUAUGUGUCUAUGAUCGUGUCUAUGGUCAUGUCUAUGGUCAUGUCUAUGGUCAUGUCUAUGGUCGUGUCUAUGAUCGUGUCUAUGGUCAUGUCUAUGGUCGUGUCUAUGAUCGUGUCUAUGGUCAUGUCUAUGGUUGUGUCUAUGAUCGUGUCUAUGGUCGUGUCUAUGAUCGUGUCUAUGGUCGUGUGAUUGUCUGUUGUCUUGUCUUUCCCCUCUUGUGCUGUCAUAUCGUGUGGAGGUUUAUGAGGUAAGCUUAACACACUAAUUCCCAAAACAGACUUUUAUUCCUUGAUAAGAUGGAGAUAGUGAAAGAGUAGAAGUGUAUAACUGCUUUGUGAUUCAAAUGUAUUUCUGGGCCCCUUAUAUGUCUGUGUGUUUUACUAUGUAAUCAGGUCUCUCUGUUUUCUGCUCUUCUCUGACCCCCAUCCCCAUCCCCGGCUACAGCUGCGGAGCUCCUUCAAGCAGGCAUUUGGGAAGAAGAAGUCGCCCAAGUCUGCGUCCUCCCACUCAGACGUAGAGGAGAUGACCGACUGUUCCCUGCCCUCCUCCCCCAAGCUAACGGCUUAUAACGGCUCCACCACCUCCACACCCAUGAUCCGGAACUCCCACUCCAACUCUCUGUGAGUACCUGGGCCCAGGCUAUUAGACACUCACCUGUUUCUAAAUGGGAGGGGCUAGUGGAUCAUUAUGGAGGCUCCCUGUUUUUCUAAUUUAAUACAGUCAACUCAGGGGUCUGGAUUCCAGGUGACUACCUCAUGAAGCUGGUUGAGAGAAUGCCAAGAGUGUGCAAAGCUGUCAUCAAGGCAAAGGGUGGCUAUUUAAAUAUAUUUUGAUUUGUUUAACACUUUUUUGGUUACUACAUGAUUGCAUAUGUGUUAUUUCAUAGUUUUGAUGUCUACACUAUUAUUCUACAAUGUAGAAAAUAGUAAAAAUAAAGAAAAACCCUUGAAUGAGUAGGUGUGUCCAAACUUUUGACUGGUACUAUAUAUGUACAGUAUAUCCCAGUACCCCAAGCUGUGUGUGGUAUCAUUAGAGACUUUAUGGCCUCAUUGUUUUAGUCAAUAGUUGGAUGUUUCGCUUGAAGCUGUUCCUCUCUUGUCUGUCUGUUUGUCUAUGUGUGUCUCUAGUCCCUUUCUCUCUCCCCUGCCUGUUAGUGGGCGUGGCUGGCCCGGUAGCACUGGGGUGUUGAGGACUGGGUCUCUGGCUCAGUAAUCGAGUAUGAAUAAUGUCUGAAUAACCACCAUUCACUUUAUUAUCAAUUCUAAUGAUGGAUAAUCCUAACAAAUGUCCCUGAUGCACCAAAUGAUUAUUUAACCAAUUAAUAUCAACGUGAUGUGCCAUUGAAACUGGAAUUUUGAGCCAAUCACACACAUCCUUCACAGGACCUUGAUCUUGUCCUGUUUACUAUUGCCUGAACCCCUAUCUAUCACACAGUGAUUCAGUGCCUCUGGAUUAACUUGGAAUAAGCUACAAUAAUUAUUUGCAGUGACAAACCAAUUACUUGUACAGCAUGUUACUGAGUUUUUUUAAAUCUUUGUAAGAAAAUCAUAAUUGUGCUCCAUGAGGUUUCUUUGGGAUGUGCUCUUGAGGACUAGCAUUCUGUUUAACCUUGAACUGACCAGACAUCUGUCUCGUCUGCAGGAUCUCAGAGUGCACAGACAGCGAGGCGGAGACGGUGAUGGCGCUCCGCAGCGAGCUCCGAGACAAGGAGAUGAAGCUGACUGACAUACGCCUGGAGGCCCUCAGCUCCGCCCACCAGCUGGACCAGCUCAGGGAGUCCAUGAACCGCAUGCAGGUGAGGGUGACCGAAACAUGGUCACAUAUGACCAUUGAUAUAUGACAUGAUGAGGGCCUGGAGGUUUCCCUGACCUUGUGACCUGGCAUUUUCCUGGUCACGGUUUGCAUGGUUAGGGGAAAACUCCACACCCUAGAAAUGACCACGCAAACAUUGUCCAUCACAAAGCACGUCAAAUACAAAGUGGUACGAUGCUGAGAGUUAUGUGUGUUCUAAUCUGUCCUCAGGGCGAGAUAGAGAGGCUGAAGACAGAGAACGACCGUCUGAAGAUGGAGAGUCAGGGCAGCUGCAGCAGAGCAGCCUCACAAGCCUCAGUGACCUCACCCUCAGCGGGCCAGUCACAGCACAGCCUCGCCCUAACAGAGUCCACCAGCCUCGGUGAGUGAGAGAGUGUGUGUGAAUGAGCGAGCGUACGUGCAUGCAUGUGUGUGCGCCUGUGUUAGUCUUUGUGCGCGUGCGAGCACGUGCAUUCACUUGCGCAUGUGCGUGUGUGUGUUUGUAGUCUUGUAUGCAAUAGCUAAUAUCUAUGUCCCUGUCUCUGUAGACAUGUUGUUGGAGGACAACGGGGAUGGUAGCUCACGGAAAGAAGGACGACACGUCAAGGUGGUCGUAACUCUAGAUGAGGACGCCAAGUGGAAAGAGGUACGAAACAUCUUACACUUCCAACUCACCAGAAAUUACAAUGGCUACCAAAAAAUGUAUGACUGUCACCUUAUUUGUCCUUAAUAUCAUAUCUUAUGAUCAAUUCGUCCUCAUAUUCUAUAGGAGCGUAGACCUCGUCAGUUCCUGAUUGGUUGCAUUGGUGUCAGUGGGAAAACCAAAUGGGAUGUGCUGGAUGGGGUGGUCAGACGUCUUUUUAAGGUAAAUCAACAGACACUAAAAACUCAGCCUGGUAGAGGAGUGACUAGAGUGACACUUGUAUCUGACUUGUGAUUGGUUUGUGGUCCUUUGUCUGAUGUAUGAUUGGUCCAUUGUCUUGUAGCUACUGUUAUUUUACUGCUGCUCUUUAAUUAUUCGUUUUUUAUUUGAAUUUUGUACUUAUCUAUUUUGUACUUAACACUUAUUUUUCUUAAAACUGCAUUGUUGGUUAAGGGCUUGUAAGUAAGCAUUUCACUGUAAGGUCUACACCUGUUGUAUUCAGCGCAUGUGACAAAUACAAUUUGAUUUGAUUUGAUCUGAUGUUUAAUUGGUCCCUGGUCCUGCAGGAGUACAUUAUCCAGGUGGACCCAGUGAGCCAGCUGGGUCUAAACUCAGACAGUGUCCUGGGCUAUAGCAUCGGGGACAUCCAUCGCACACGUGGGGCUGACACCCCUGAACUCCUGCCCUGUGGAUACCUCGUUGGAGACAGUGACACCAUCUCUGUCUCUCUCAAAGGUAUGGGCAAGAAUGGACCACUAUUUAAAUACAUCUGAACCCUGUAAUUAAGAGCUGUCUGGAUCAGUAAAUAACAACACCAAAGUGAACCUACCCUUUAAUGUAUGUGUCCUGUGCUGCCCCCUGUCUGCAGGUGUGUGUGAGCACAGCCAAGACGACUUGGUGUUUGAGACACUGAUCCCCAAACCCCUGCUGCAGCGCUACGUGUCCCAGCUCCAUGAGCACAGGAGGAUCAUCCUGUCUGGCCCCAGUGGCACCGGGAAGAGCUUCCUGGCCAGCCGAUUGGCCGAACACAUAGUGCUGAGGGAAGGGAGAGAGGUCACCGACGGGACCAUUGCCACGUUCAACGUAGACCACAAGUCCAGCAAGGUCUGUCAAACACUAUCAUGACUAAUAAGUUGAAUGUAGGAAAUAACCUUUACCAAGGGAUACUUUCUGUAUGAUAGUGGAGGUGCCAAAAUAUAACCGAUAUGGAAGUAUAUGAGAGAGGAGAUUCACAAAUGGAAAUGGUUAUUCCCCUUACAUUGCAAACUGGAACUGUUGGAGGAUACAGUAAUUGGAAUAGAGUGUUUCCAGGUGACAUACGACGCCUCCUGGUGGCCAUGUUGGAAGACCACUGCAUCAAUUCUAACGACAACUACAGCUGAGUGGCUACCCCAAGCUGCAUGAAAACAGUGCCUAAAACUACUUCAUUCAUCACCAUAGUCAAUUUCUGUGCCGUAUUUGUCUGCUCUAACAGGGCAGGAACAACAACGGGGAAAAUAUAUUUUUACAGAUUACCCGCAAUCAUGAAACACGAAGGAGAUAACUGUCAGAAAAGCGAAGAAACCUUUUUGCCCAUCAAGACCUGAACCCAGACAGCUGUCAGUACAUGGUCUGCUCCCUGGUAAGUCUGAUUUUGAAUUUAGCUGUUAUCUGUUAUGCUAACCAGGUGUUAACAACAAGACUAAGUAGCCAACAUUAGGUAGAUAGCUUGUAGUCAAAGGCGGCAUGUGAGUUUCAAGUUUUGGGGAAGCAAUUUUUUCCACCAUAAAAAUGCACCUUUAUAAUAAAGCAUUGCGUCAAUGGAGGCUAGUGGGAGGAGCUGUAGGAGGACGGGCUCAUUGAAAUGGCAGGAAUGGAAUAAGGGGAACGGUAUCAAACAAAUGGAAACCACAUGUUUGACUCUGUUCCAUUAAUUCCGUUCCAGCCAUUACAAUGAGCUCGUCCUCCUAUAGCUCCUCCCACCAGCCUCCACUGCAUUGCAUGCAUCUAUCAUUGCAUUUGCAGACUAAUGUAAGACUACUUUUUGUAAUGUGAUGAAUAGAUUGGAUAGUCAUCAUUUAGGCUAUUUAAUAUACUCAGUCUAAUCACUGUGUAUGGCUGAGCAUGUAGCGGCAUAGGAAUAUACUAGGAUAACCUGCUGUGUCGACUGUUGGUUGUUCCAGCCCAACAAUAGAUGUAAUAUUUAUAUGACGUGAAAACACCUGAAAUGAAUUAAACACAACCAAACAAUCAAGAGCCCUGAUGGUAUAGGUGACCUGAAGAAGUGAUAUUCUAACAUCAGUUGUGCUUUGUAUUUGGUUAUGUACUGUAGGUUCACCAGCUGAACUCUAUCAAGACACCCAUGUCGACUGGAUUCCCACUGUGAGGAUGAACAAUGCUGCAGCAUCAGUUUCGACUUCUACUACUUUGUCCUUUUCCAGAUAUGAAAGGAGAAAUCCCUCAGACAAAAUGGUUUGUUAUACGCUGUGCCUUGGUCAAUCUGAAUUAUUCUGUUGUGCCAUUUGAGUAGAGAGCACCGUUACCUUGUCAUCAUGACAAAAGUGCCCCCUUAAACCGAAUGAAGGGUGUAGCAAUAACUGCUGAUGAAACAGAAACAGUUUCACAGUAAUUUAUUUAGGUACACAUGUAUGAAUAUGUAAAAUGUAAUUUGGAACAACAUGUACAAUUCUAAUUGUUUAUGAUAUUGUAAACAUACUGUACUUUAAUAAUAGGCUUUAUUGUUAUAUGGGUGAAAUGAAAAGUAUUUUGUGUGUCGUCUCUGCUUUGCCUUUCCCCAUUGAAUAAAAUGUAUUUCUUAUAGCAUAACUAUUCUUUCUUUCUUUACAAUUUAAACACAUUUAGCAUAGACAAUGUAAUUGUUGUGGUAGUCUUAGGCAAACCAGCUUCAUUAUCACAUUGGCACAUCCAAGUGCCAUUCAGACCUUCUGGGAGAAAAGUAUCUUAGCAUUGAACUUGGUAGUAGUACAUGUACGUUUUAAGCUAAGGAUCCCAUCAUCUCCUGCUUCCAGACAUUUCACUAGCUAGAUUACUAAAGUUGGAUUUGCACUAAACAAUUUAAUGUCAGCACAAGGCAUGUACAACAUCUGGUAUAAUGAUUAGCUUCAUAUACAGUGGGGGAAAAAAGUAUUUAGUCAGCCAUCAAUUGUGCAAGUUCUCCCACUUAAAAAGAUGAGAGAGGCCUGUAAUUUUCAUCAUAGGUACACGUCAACUAUGACAGACAAAAUGAGAGAAAACAAAUCCAGAAAAUCACAUUGUAGGAUUUUUAAUGAAUUUAUUUGCAAAUUAUGGUGGAAAAUAAGUAUUUGGUCAAUAACAAAAGUUUCUCAAUACUUUGUUAUAUACCCUUUGUUGGCAAUGACACAGGUCAAACGUUUUCUGUAAGUCUUCACAAGGUUUUCACACACUGUUGCUGGUAUUUUGGCCCAUUCCUCCAUGCAGAUCUCCUCUAGAGCAGUGAUGUUUUGGGGCUGUCGCUGGGCAACACAGACUUUCAACUCCCUCCAAAGAUUUUCUAUGAGGUUGAGAUCUGGAGACUGGCUAAGCCACUCCAGGACCUUGAAAUGCUUCUUACGAAGCCACUCCUUCGUUGCCCGGGCGGUGUGUUUGGGAUCAUUGUCAUGCUGAAAGACCCAGCCACGUUUCAUCUUCAAUGCCCUUGCUGAUGGAAGGAGGUUUUCACUCAAAAUCUCACGAUACAUGGCCCCAUUCAUUCUUUCCUUUACACGGAUCAGUCGUCCUGGUCCCUUUGCAGAAAAACAGCCCCAAAGCAUGAUGUUUCCACCCCCAUGCUUCACAGUAGGUAUGGUGUUCUUUGGAUGCAACUCAGCAUUCUUUGUCCUCCAAACACGACGAGUUGAGUUUUUACCAAAAAGUUCUAUUUUGGUUUCAUCUGACAUUCUCCCAAUCCUCUUCUGGAUCAUCCAAAUGCACUCUAGCAAACUUCAGACGGGCCUGGACAUGUUCUGGCUUAAGCAGGGGGACACGUCUGGCACUGCAGGAUUUGAGUCCCUGGCGGCGUAGUGUGUUACUGAUGGUAGGCUUUGUUACUUUGGUCCCAGCUCUCUGCAGGUCAUUCACUAGGUCCCCCCGUGUGGUUCUGGGAUUUUUGCUCACCGUUCUUGUGAUCAUUUUGACCCCACGGGGUGAGAUCUUGCGUGGAGCCCCAGAUCGAGGGAGAUUAUCAGUGGUCUUGUAUGUCUUCCAUUUCCUAAUAAUUGCUCCCACAGUUGAUUUCUUCAAACCAAGCUGCUUACCUAUUGCAGAUUCAGUCUUCCCAGCCUGGUGCAGGUCUACAAUUUUGUUUCUGGUGUCCUUUGACAGCUCUUUGGUCUUGGCCAUAGUGGAGUUUGGAGUGUGACUGUUUGAGGUUGUGGACAGGUGUCUUUUAUACUGAUAACAAGUUCAAACAGGUGCCAUUAAUACAGGUAACGAGUGGAGGACAGAGGAGCCUCUUAAAGAAGAAGUUACAGGUCUGUGAGAGCCAGAAAUCUUGCUUGUUUGUAGGUGACCAAAUACUUAUUUUCCACCAUAAUUUUCAAAUAAAUUCAUUAAAAAUCCUACAAUGUGAUUUUCUGGAAAAGAAAUUCUCAAUUUGUCUGUCAUAGUUGACGUGUACCUAUGAUGAAAAUUACAGGCCUCUCAUCUUUUUAAGUCGGAGAACUUGCACAAUUGGUGGCUGACUGAAUACUUUUUUCCCCCACUUAAAUGUCUUGUCUACUGAUAUCGUUUUUAAAUUGAGAACAUAUAGCUCAACAAUAUGUAAACAAUGUGUGAGUUAAGCCUAUGGCUGCAUUGGCGUUGUAUGCCAUUAUCGUCAGCUGCAAAAUGGGUUCACAUAGCUCAUAUCCUGAGAGUGACAGUCAAAUAAAUGUAAUUGGAGAGGUUACAACUGAACAACAAGGUCAUAUUCAUUUGAGAAUACAGCACAGAAACACAGACAAAUUAGACAAAUUCCCUUCUGCUAUUUAUUGCAGGAUUGUGAUCUGUGAUUAAUCAACUUUGAAACGAGUUAAUGUUGAAUAAUAGUUAACAAUUAAAACCAGUUUAAACACUUCACUUCAAAGAAUCAACACUUUAUUUCAUAUAAUUUCAAAGUGUACAAGUAAGGUAACUGAUAUGUAAAGGUUAGACAUCUUAGUAAGUAGAGAAUUAUUACUAAAGCAAAAAAAAGUCAAUACCCGAGAUGGCCAACCUCGCUCCACUGAUCCUGAUCUACUUGGUGAGCAGACUUACACUGCUCAAAAAAAUUAAGGGAACACUAAAAUAACACAUCCUAGAUCUGAAUGAAUGAAAUAAUCUUAUUAAAUACUUUUUUCUUUACAUAAUUGAAUGUGCUGACAACAAAAUCACACAAAAAUUAUCAAUGGAAAUCAAAUGUAUCAACCCAUGGAGGUCUGGAUUUGGGGUCACCCUCAAAAUUAAAGUGGAAAACCACACUACAGGCUGAUCCAACUUUGAUGUAAUGUCCUUAAAACAAGUCAAAAUGAGGCUCAGUAGUGUGUGUGGCCUCCACAUGCCUGUAUGACCUCCCUACAACGCCUGGGCAUGCUCCUGAUGAGGUGGCGGAUGGUCUCCUGAGGGAUCUCCUCCCAGACCUGGACUAAAGCAUCCGCCAACUCCUGGACAGUAUGUGGUGCAAUGUGGCGUUGGUGGAUGAAGCGAGACAUGAUGUCCCAGAUGUGCUCAAUUGGAUUCAGGUCUGGGGAAUGGGUGGGCCAGUCCAUAGCAUCAAUGCCUUCCUCUUGCAGGAACUGCUGACACACUCCAGCCACAUGAGGUCUAGCAUUGUCUUGCAUUAGGAGGAACCCAGGGCCAACCGCACCAGCAUAUGGUCUCACAAGGGGUCUGAGGAUCUCAUCUCGGUCCCUAAUGGCAGUCAGGCUACCUCUGGUGAGCACAUGGAGGGCUGUGCGUCCCCCCAAAGAAAUGCCACCCCACACCAUGACUGACCCACCGCCAAACCGGUCAUGCUGGAGGAUGUUGCAGGCAGCAGAACGUUCUCCACGGCGUCUCCAGACUCUGUCACGUCUGUCACAUGCUCAGUGUGAACCUGCUUUCAUCUGUGAAGAGCACAGGGCGCCAGUGGCGAAUUUGCCAAUCUUGGUGUUCUCUGGCAAAUGCCAAACGUCCUGCACGGUGUUGAGCUGUAAGCACAACCCCCACCUGUGGACGUCGGGCCCUCAUACCACCCUCAUGGAGUCUGUUUCUGACCGUUUGAGCAGACACAUGCACAUUUGUGGCCUGCUGGAGGUCAUUUUGCAGGGCUCUGGCAGUGCUCCUCCUGCUCCUCCUUGCACAAAGGCGGAGGUAGCGGUCCUGCUGCUGGGUUGUUGCCCUCCUACGGCCUCCUCCACGUCUCCUGAUGUACUGGCCUGUCUCCUGGUAGCGCCUUCAUGCUCUGGACACUACGCUGACAGACACAGCAAACCUUCUUGCCAUAGCUCGCAUUGAUGUGCCAUCCUGGAUGAGCUGCACUACCUGAGCCACUUGUGUGGGUUGUAGACUCCGUCUCAUGCUACCACUAGAGUGAAAGCACCGCCAGCAUUCAAAAGUGACCAAAACAUCAGCCAGGAAGCAUAGGAAUUGAGAAGUGGUCUGUGGUCACCACCUGCAAAACCAGUCCUUUAUUGGGGGUGUCUAGCUAAUUGCCUAUAAUUUCCACCUGUUGUCUAUUCCAUUUGCACAACAGCAUGUGAAAUUUAUUGUCAAUCAGUGUUGCUUCCUAAGUGGACAGUUUGAUUUCACAGAAGUGUGAUUGACUUGGAGUUACAUUUAAAAUAAAUGCACUGUUGGUUAAGGGCUGUAAGUAAGCAUUUCACUGUAAUGUCUGCACCUGUUGUAUUCGGCGCAUGUGACCAAUACAAUUUGAUUUGAUUUGAACUAAGAGCACCAACCUCUGCUGGAAGCUUUUAGUUUUUUAACUAGAUAUUUCACCUUCUUAGCCAACCUGGUCUCAGAGCAUUUUGUAUGAUUCUGUACGUAAAAUCGCGAAACACUCCAUUUAGUAUGAUAUGUUAUGUUUGGUAUUGUUACAUAAGACAGAUGGCUACUUAAGGUAAAAACAAAAGAAGGGUGGGUGGUUGGUCGGGGCAGAUGGGUUGGCGUUGUUCCAAAGAUUGCGAGCUCCAAUCUCAUCACUGACAGCUUUAGCAUUUUAUCUAAUUAGAAACGUACUACCUUUUAGCUACUUUGCAACUCUUAGCAUGUUAGCUAACCCUUCCCCUAACCUUAACCCUUUUAGCUAACCCUUCCCCUAACCUUAACCCUUUAACCUAAACGCCUAAACUUAACACUAGCCCAGGGUUCUUCAAUUCCGGUCCUGGAGGGCCGAAACACCUCUGUUUUUCAUCCUCUCCUUCUAAUCAGGGGCUAAUUCAGACCUGGGACACCUAGCUAGAAUCCGUAACAUAUCAUACAUUUAGCAAAUUUGUAACAUAUUAUACUAAUUGUAAUUCGUAACAUAUACGAAAUGCAUGAUGGACAUCCACAAAUUAAUACAUAACAUAGGAAACUUAACAUAUCAUACCAAAUGGAGUUCACGGAAUUACGUACAGAAUAAUAUGAAAUGCUCUAAAACCAGGUUGCAACAGCAGGUGGAACGAUAGCUCAGAGCCUAGAGCCAUAUGUCAGAGGAAUCUAUCCUAAAAGCAUAGCACACUUGUAUAGAAUCCUGACAGAGCCUAUUUAGAUGUUUUGUCUUUCUCAAACAGUGAUUGUAAAUGAAACCGCUCUAGCAGUUGUUAUUGGUAAUUAUCAAAUUAUGGAUCCAAAGUUUUUUGUUAAUAUGUAAAAGUGAGUUUAGAAAGUUUCAUUCAAACCCAAAGCAAAGUUGACAAGCACUUACCACGUGAUAAAAUGACAUUGUUUGAUCCCUCAGUCAGUGGAUCCUGCUGUGGCUUCCAAAACAUUGACCUCUGCUGGACACUACUUUCAGACUUAGUCUAGAUAUUCUUCUCUGUUUCUUACCUAACAGGUGGAUCUGCCUAUAGAGCGGCGAGUGAGUCUCUUGCCUUGUGGAGGCACAGGAUCGAAUCCCUGUAUAGAUUACACAUUUUUGUUGUAACUUUUUAUUUGAAACACUGGCAACAAUGUAUUUCUAACUUUUAAAUGAUGAGUUUCAAUAAGCAUAGGCUCUUCAGUUUUUUAUUUAAUAUCCUAAAUCACGCAAUGGAGCCACCGUCUUUUGUAAAUGUUUUGUUUGUAACAAAAAAUCUAUGUUGCUUGUUUCAAAGCAUAGACAGUUAGUUUCAAAGUAACAUUACCAUGUGAUCAAUGACGUUCGUAGCUUCAUUUGAUCACAUGCUUUUUCGUUGCAAAAUGAGAUCCCACUGAUUUCGCCGUGGUACCGGUGCUUUUUUCGAUGCAAAGUUGCUUUCAAACACCAACCUCUACUGGACACUGUAUUUACACAUUUAGUUACAUUUCUUCCAGUUUAUAGCACCUGAAAGGUAGCUCAGCAGGUAGGGACGGGGAUUUGGGAUCAGACACCCGCAUAGGCACAAAAUCGAAUUCUGGCUAUGGUUGAAUUUAAAAUAAUUGUGAAACCACACUAUCUUCCCAUUGUUGUUCAAAUAAUUAGUUAUAAUAGUUGUAUUAGUGUAGCCUAUGCUAAUCUUUUGUCAUCAGCAUCCUAAAUAAUACCACGGAUGCACAGUUUUUGUCUUAAAUAAAUUGAACCUGGAAGAAAAAAGGGAAACAUGGAUGUGGGAUGCCUAUCCAUUGCGCCAUGACGUUUUGAUGGAUGCAAUUGGAAAACAAGUCUAUGUAAACAUCAAACAUGCUGAUAUUUAUUCCUGACCAGCAGAUGUCACUAAUUUGUAUUGUGAUAAAUGCUCAGAGUAAUGAACCGUUUAUUUGGCACAAUUUUGGAAAAGGGUGCAAUUGCAUCCCUCAAUUCGGGGCGUUCCUGCAUGUUGGCAUUCCUGCAUCUGCAGGAACCCCUCUAUACUUCUAUUGGUCCAUUUUUAAGUUAGGACAGGCGGAAGGCGGGGGCGCUCCAGUAAAGUAGAUGGCUGUAAUGCACAAUAACGUUGGAUGCCAGCCGCCGAUCAACCCCACAGAAGAAGGGGCGGGGGCGACACCGGUAGCUAGCUAGCCAUACACCGGUAGACAGUGUCAUUCGCCCCCACCUUUGUGGAAAUGAUUAACUGUACUGUCUUUGUAAACUCUACUCUCUGGUGUCCAGGAGCUGCGUCAGUACCUGUCUAACCUGGCUGACCAGUGCAACAGUACGAGUCAUGGGGUGGACAUGCCCCUGGUGGUCAUAUUGGACAACCUGCACCACGUCAGCUCUCUAGGAGAGGUCUUCAAUGGCCUGCUCAGCUCCAAGCACCACCACUGGUCAGUACGCACACACACACACACACAGAGACUCACACACGCAGAAACACACAGACACACACACAGGCGCGCGCACACACACAGGCACACAUACAGGCAUACACACAGGUGCAUGCACUCACACAGUGUUUAUUUGCUUGCUCUUAAUCUUCAUUGUAUUGCCUUGUUUGUUCUCAGUCCUUAUAUCAUUGGAACAAUGAACCAGGCUACGUCAUCCACUCCCAACCUGCAGCUUCAUCAUAACUUCAGGUACAUCAUAUCUAUAAUGUUCUAUGUGUUACUUUUUUCAGUUACAAGAUAAUGUUAUUCUCUAUUCUGAAAUGUCAAAUGUAAUUGCUGUGUCAUGUAUCCGCCACAAGAUGGCAGUAUUUAAACAUUGAUAUCUCAGUCCUCUGCCUAACCCUCACUUGAGGAGGUCUAUUUCAACAGUAACUGAUCACCCUCUCUGCUGUUGUCUGUUUCCUGUGUGGGUGUCCUCUCUAGGUGGGUGCUGUGUGCCAACCACACUGAGCCAGUGAAGGGCUUCCUGGGUCGGUUCCUGAGGAGGAGGCUGAUGGAGACAGAGAUCAGCAGCCGGCAGCGCAACGGUGAGCUGGUGAGGAUCAUCAAGUGGAUCCCUACUGUCUGGCAUCACCUCAACCGCUUCCUAGAGUCCCACAGCUCCUCGGACGUCACCAUCGGUAAGAUCCACAGGAAAUCACAUUCAUCUUCUUCUCUUCUUUUUUUAUUACAUAAUCUGGCCAUGUUUUUGACAUUAUGAUUUAAGAAAUAGAUGACUAGACUGUACUUGAAUGAAUACAUACUUUUCAAUUGUAUAUUUGAGAUUUGUCAAUAAAGAAAAUAUAUAUGGGACAAGAUUGAAGGUUCUAUUGAAUGAAAGGGAUGUUCUGUUGACGUUUGUCUGUCUCUCUUCCUCCCAGGGCCUCGCCUCUUCUUAUCUUGUCCCAUGGAUGUGGAGGGAUCCAGAGUGUGGUUCACAGAUCUGUGGAACUAUUCCAUUAUUCCCUACAUGCUGGAGGCUGUCCGAGAGGGGCUGCAGGUACAAUGGCAUAACGCUUGAAAUGUGGCAUCAAUUUACAUUUGUAGUAGCACAAGCCCUUUUAAUAAUGGUUAGUAAACUAACACACAGACACAGAGAGAUACUACAUAGAGUAUACUGUAUGUAUAUACAGUACCUUCAGAAAGUAUUCACACCCCUUGACUUUUUCCACAUUUUGUUGUGUUACAGCCUGAAUUUAAAAUUGAUUAAAUUGAGAUUUUUUUGUCACUGGCCUACACACAAUACCCCAUAAUGUCAAAUUGGAAUUAUGUUUUUCGAAAUGUUUACAAAUUAAUUAAAAAUGAAAAGCUGAAAUGUCUUGAGUCAAUAAGGAAUUCAACCCCUUUGUUAUGGCAAGCCUAAAUAAGUUCAGGAGUAUAACAUUGGUUAAUAAGUCCCAUAAUAAGUUGCAUGGACUCACUCUGUGUGCAGUAAUUGUGUUUAACAUGAUUUUUUGAAUGACUACCUCAGCUCUGUACCCCACAUAUACAAUUAUCUGGAAGGUCCCUCAGUCGAGCAGUGAAUUUCAAACACAGAUUCAACCACGAAGACCAGGGAGGUUUUCCAAUAUCUCACAAAGAAGGGCACCUAUUGAAUAUCCCUUUGAGCAUUGUGAAGUUAUUAAUUACACUUUGGAUCAAUACACACAGUCACUACAAAGAUACAGUCGUCCUUCCUAACUCAGUUGCCGGAGAGGAAGGAAACCGCUCAGGGAUUUCACCAUGGUGACUUUAAAACCGUUACAGAGUUUAAUGGCUGUGAUAGGAGAAAACUGAGGAUGGAUCAACAACAUUGUAUUUACUCCACAGUACUAACCUAAUUGACAGUGAAAAGAAGGAGGCCUGUACAGAAUAAAAUAUAUGCAUCCUGUUUGUAACAAGGCACUAAAGUAAUACUGCUAAAAAAAAUUACAAAGCAAUUAACUUGUUGUCCUGAAUACAAAGUCUUAUGUUUGAGACAAAUCCAAUACAACACAUUACUGAUUACCACUCUCUAUAUUUUCAAGCAUAGUGGCUGCUGCAUCAUGUUAUUGGUAUGCUUGUAAUCGUUAAGAACUGGGGAGUUUUUCAGGAUAAAAAAAUUAACGGAAUAGAGCUAAGCACAGGCAAAAUCCUAGAGGAAAACCUGUUUCAGUCUGCUUUCCACCAGACGAUGGGAAAUGAAUUCACCAUUCAGCAGGACAAUAACCUAAAACACAAGGCCAAACUGGAGUUGCUUACCAAGAAGACAGUGAAUGUUCCUGAGUGGCCAAGUUACAGUUUUGACUUAAAUCUGCUUGACAAUCUAUGGCAAGACCUGAAAAUGGUUGUCUAGCAAUGAUCAACAACCAAUUUGACAGAGCUUGAAUAAUUUAGAAAAUAAUAAUGGGUAAAUGUUGCAUAAUCCAGGUGUGGAAAGCUGUUAGAGACUUACCCAGAAAGACUCACAGCUGUAAUCGCUGCCAAAGGUGAUUCUAACAUGUAUUGACUCAGGGGGUUGAAUACUUAUCUAAUCAAGAUAUAUUAGUGUUUUAUUUUAAGUUUUUUACAAAUGUUCGGAUUCUUCUUCCACUUUGAUAUUACAGAGUAUUUUGUGUAGAUUGUUGACUAAAACUGAUAAUUAAAUCCAUUUUAAUCCCAAUUUGUAACACAACAAAAAGUAAAGGGGUGUGAAUACUUUCUGAAGACACUGUUUAUAAUAAACUGACACACAUGUACUGUUUUCAAGGAAAAUAUCUGAGCAGUUAGUAUGAUUCUGUCGGUCUUCUAGCUCUAUGGGAGGAGAGCUCCGUGGGAGGAUCCAGCACAGUGGGUGAUGGAGAGCUACCCCUGGGCAGCCAGCCCCCUGCAGCACGAAUGGCCCAAGCUGCUGCAGCUCCGGCCAGAGGACAUAGGCUUUGAUGGAUACUCCAUCUCCAAAGAUGGCUGUCCCAGCAAGCAAAUUCCCCAGGGAGACACGGACGGAGACCCCCUGGUAUGUUGAUAUAAGGCCAACACCUCCUGUUAACCCAAAUAUCAGUUGGAUUUGGAAAUAUUCAAGAAAGUCUGUUUGGUAUGGCAUUACACAAUAAUCCUGUAUGUGAUGAUGGACUGUAUGGACAAAGGUUUGACUUGAUAUUUGUAUCCAAUAACAUACUCUUUAAAAGCACCUUAAUGAAAUACUAUCUAUGGCUUUAUGGUUAGCAUGAGUGUCUGUAUGUAGGUGACAACCUAUCUGACCUCUAUAAUCUCCACAGAUGAACAUGCUGAUGAGGUUAAAGGAGGCAGCCUACUGCUCCGGCAGCACUCAGAGUUACGACAGCGACUCCAACAGCAACCAGGAUCACCAUGAAGACACCAUGCUGGACUCAUCACUGGAGUACACACUAUGAGUCUCCCUCUGUCAGAAAAUUCACUCUGGGACACAUCCUAAAUUGAGAUACCUUUGUGUUAAUCAUCCAUUGAUCUGAGGUUCAAUGUUCGGUUAUGUAUUUCAAGUUUAAUGAAAAAAUGUAUGCACUCACUAACUGUAAGUCGCUCUGGAUAAGAGCGUCUGCUAAAUGACUUAAAUGUAAGUUAGAAUUUGGACUUCUGCGACUUCAUGUCUUUAUGCAGUCAGAACAUAUUAUAUACCAAUUGGAACUCACUAUUUACA